AUUUUUAAAGCUGUAGACACCCUGACCAACCAACUGUCUUGUGAGGGAGGCGACAACCAAAGCCUUCCUGAAGACAUGUUCAGAGAGCUGCAACAAGACCUCAGACAGAUAGUGAACUUGGCCUUAAACGUCUUCCUUCAUUUGGUACAUCAUCUUUUCAUACUAAGACCUCACUCUGACAUUUUAUUAAAAUAAGAAUCAGAUUAGUAUUUAACUAAGGAUCCCUUCACGUUUACACAUGGUAAUGAAUUAAAAUCAACACGGAUGAUGUUUGAUUUAUCAGAAAGUUUAAACAAUGUAAACUGUCCACUUUAUUUCAGGGCACCAAUGAAUCAAAGUCUGAGGUCCUGGAUGUCUUUGGAGCUUUGAACAGUCUCAACACUGAUAACGUUCAGAGUGUAGAGUUCAUCCGCUUGUGGUUCAACAUCCAGCUGGUACCUCUUUUACCCCAUAUUACCGGAGACUUCAUGACCCUGUUGAGCACAAGAGACUUCAGCUGCAGCUCCUAUCAGGCAUUGUGCGUUGACAAUCAUUCUGAUUCCAUAUUAUUAAGGAAAUUGUCCAAUUCAAUGUUGUUUCAUCUAAAUUAUUUUAUAUUUAAGGGUCAAGGGAUUGAGUGGUGAACUGGUAUCCAUUAAUCAAGAGCAGAAACAAUUGAUCUACACUCACUUUAUCCGUCUUUUCCUGUUCAGAAAGGGAUCAUCAGGUAUUUAACAUUUUAAGAAAAGCAAAAUUUGCAAAUUCGCUCCAGUAUGUAAGAUUUAAAUGUGUUGUUAAUUUGUUGUUAAAUCAAUUCCUCAGAAUGUAAACUGAUGUAUGUUUUAAUUGUUGUGGCAGAUCCUGGAUGCUUGGGAAAUGGAAAUGAAACUGCAGACUGGCUGUUGAAAAAUUUUGGAAACUUUUGGAGCAUGGCUGAUUUAAAGGAUCUGUACAAACUAAACCAACAUUUCUCUGCGGUGAGUAUUUCAAAUCAAAUUUUAAGCACUGAAGAUGGACAUGGGAGAAUGAUGAAAAUCGUGACAAAAGACAAAAACCAUCAUUAAUACAAAUGUUUUGUCUUCUAGCUGGAGGUUUUGAACGUCCUCUCACCAAGCCAGAAAGCUGAGCUGAUACUGGACCCAAGCACUGGCGCUCUGGAGAAUGAGACUCUUGUGAAGAAGGUUUUCAUCAGCUUGCUGGAAUCUCCAAGGGAAGAGCAGCUCAAUGAGUUCUUUGUGACUUUUGUUGAAGUCACCAAGCAGGUGAGUACAUCACUCUCUGGCUGGAAUGGACCUUGUACAGUGAGACAAACUCAUCUGACGAAACAAUCAGGAUGAAAGGAUGUCCUUCUAAACCAUGAACCAUCUAUUUUCCAGGAAAACAUCACCAUCAUCACAAACACAGCCGUAAGAGACACAAUGCUAAACCUGACCUUGAUGGCUCUUGCUCCCAAAUUUGACGUCUUUGAGCCAAAAGACUUCCAGCUGUGGUUCCAAGUCAAUCUGGUUGUUCUGCUGGCCAGCUUCAAUCCUGGCAGAUUGGUUGUUAUCCCCCUAAACAUCACCUGUGAAUCCUACAAUGCCAUGUAAGAGACUACUUUACAACCAACAAACGUACAAGGCACUGUCUCGUAAAGUACAGAUUGAUUAAAGACUGCACUAAUGUCUCCCUUUCCUUUUCUCUCAGAUUCACGGGUCUCGACCAAAGUUUGGAAUCUCUUCCGCCUCACAUCUCACAGGGUGUGGAGUCAAGCUUGGAUGCACUGAUGAAGACAUUCCAACGUAUGUGAUAAGCUGCUCUUUUUCAACAAUAGACACUGUCUCAUCUGAGCACAGCAUUUGUAGAAGAUUUUAAAAUCUCCAAACAGUCAUUCUGUUAUUUUGUUUUCUCAUAUGCUCCGAAAUCUUCCUGUUAAUUGAGUGACCUUAUUUAAAUUAUCUCCCUCAAAGGUUGCUCAAGGCCUCCAGCUUUAAUUGUGGUAAGUACUCUCUGAAUGGGAUCUUAUUUCAAUUAGACACUUUGUUUACAUGAUACAUGGAAAGGUCAUGCAUCUUGUAUAUGCAUUGUGGCAUUGUUCAGAAAGCCAAAGCAUCUCUUUUGUUUUCUCAUUGAAUUUCACACGGAUAACAAUAUUCUUUCCCCCCCAUAUAGUGCAAAGAAACAUUGGUCAAUGGUAAGUUCACGUUAGCUGUGACAUAUUUAUUUUCUUUCAUCAGAUUAGCAAUUUAUGUUUUGUAUCUAAAGAACUCUUCUUUUUAUGUUCUGUUUUGCAGAGAAACAACUUUGUGCUGGAUUUAACAGGUGGGUUCAGUGCUGUCUUGCACAAUGCAGGUUGUAAGAGGUUGAGACACACAAGGUAUCAUUUGUAAACUAAUAAUGUAUUUUUCAUUACCGUUUCCUACAGCACACAACUGAAGCAACAGAUGUCCUUUGGCAAUUCCUCUGAAUCCCUUUGCAAUUUCAACGUCUCUGAAUAUGCCUGUUCCUCAGUAAGCUUUUUAAACUCAUCACUGAAUGUUGUCAGUAGCAACAGCCACAUUUCUCUCAUCCGCAUCGUCUUUGUUGAUGUUACUCAUGUUGAUGUCACAGUUGUCUAAUUUGGUUCACGUACCUGCAUCCUUUUCUUUAAGACUAACGGUCUCUCAGCGGACAACUUGGUAACGAUUCUGAAAUGCCAAUUGGCGAGCAAAAAUACUUACUCAACGGAAAUGUGGAAGCUGUUCUUCCAAAACAAUGCUGCUGUUCUGGAUCAGGCUCUUCUGGAUUACUCCAGCAUGGUAUGUUGAAUCCCAGAAUUAGAACAAAAUGUUGCCAAUAUGUGUGGACUUUGUCACUGCAAAUCUGUUUAUACCUUUCCAGAACCCUAACAUCAGCAGUCCAGCCAUGCCAAAUGUCCUUGAUGCCAUCGGAGAGCUCAAAAUCAACAACUUCAGUAAUGCACAGCUAAGCGACGCAAGUUUCAUGAACAAGUGGUUCCAGUUGAAGCUCCGACCAUUCUUGGCAUCUCCUUCCAGGAAUUUCCUCUCCUGUCUCAGCUCAAAGAACUUCAGUUGUCAGACCUACCAAAUUGUGUAUGUAAAGCCAUGAUACCUAAUGCAAUAGUCAAUACAAUUGGUGAUAUCCCUACAAUUUAAUAAGAAGUCAAGACAACAUAGGCUCUGUUCUCUGUUUCAGCAUUAACGCUCUAAGCAGCCAAACAGCUUCCAUGGACAGAGAGCAACAACGAGUGAUCUUCACUCAUUACAUCUAUCCAUUCCUUUCGAGAAAUGACUCAUCAGGUAAUAAAUGGUUCUGGAAAGCACAAAAACAUCCACACUUCUCUGGGCCAAUCUACUGAACUCAUCUGCUUAAGGGGAUUUAAAGUCCAUUUGUUUUACUCUACUUUUGUUUCAGAUCCUGGCUGUGUCUCAAACACCAGUGGAAGCAUGGACUGGCUCCAGAGGAACUUUGGCAUCUUUUCUGUUUUUGCAGAACUGCAAGAGUUACAACUCCUCAAUCCUGACUUCUCCAGCGUAAGUGGCCUAAGUGUUUGUCUGGAUGGUUAACCUCCCAAUAAUAUUACUGUGCCACUCACUGACAUGCGCCACUUUUCUUUUUCAUUUUCCUAUUUGUAGAAGGAAUCACUGUCGCUGCUUACCCCAACCCAAGUGGCACAGUUGACAUUGACCUCUGGGGCAUUGAAUGACACAGCUGACAUUAAACUUGUGUUUACGCGGCUGGAGGAAGGAGACGCUUUCAAAAAUGUUGACGAGUUUCUGACGAAACUGACCGCAAUGGAAGAGGUAAUGCAAGUUUGAGAAAAACAAACGGCAUGAUUUCAUUUUGACAAAUAGCAAUCCCCAUGUCUUCCAGUGUCUCCCUUUGUGGAUAGUGAAAGACAACAACUAAGCAAAGAGCAAGCUAUCAAUCUUGUACUUUCAUUUAGUACCAGAAAAGCUGGAUUGAAUGCUAUGAUGAGUUGUGCAGUGUUGAUGACCUCUGGUCAUUUGUUUCAACAGAUUCCUGACAUCUAUCCAGCCGUGAGAGAUGUGAUGAUGAAUCGGACAUUUAACAUCAUCAGCCUUCAAUUCCCAAAGUUCGAAACGAUGGACUGGAUUGCAUGGUUCGAAGUAAAGCUGAUUCCGAUCCUCCCCAGUUUUGAUGAAGUCAUGCUCACCAUUGCUACCUCAAACGUUACCUGCACCAACUACCAAGUCAUGUGAGUAGGGGCCAACUUCUUGCAAAUAUUAGCCAUGGAUUCGAUGACUAACAUCUAUUGCAAACGUGGGGUGGAAAUGUCAUGAGUGUAUAUUUUCCCAUUUACAGUGUAAAAGGAAUGGACAGAGCUUUCCCUGAAAUGACUGAGGGUAGAAGAGAAGGAAUCGCAGGAGUCCUGCUGAAAUACCUGAGGAUAUCUGUACACCUUAUCAAUGAACCAGGUAGGGCUCACCAAGCAGGUUGUGGUGCUCGUUGGCUUUCUGUUGGGUUGUUCAUCGCCUCUGCUGGAUGAAGUGGGCUUUGUUUGAAAGGAGUGAACAGUUGGCAUGUUGCUUCCUUGUCUAUUGAAUAUAACAUCAAUGUACUCCAUUUUGCAAUAAUCAAAGCGGCCAUACAUGUCUUUUAGUUUGCAGGUUGAACAUCCACAACGACACUGACUGGCUUGCAAUCAACCUGGGUCCAUACUCCGAAUACACAACCUAUUCGGAUCUCAAAGACUUCAACAUCUCAGGGGUAAAACAAUUGUUUGCCAGUGUUCUUUGCAUGAUCAGAAUUGACUAGUUUGACACUGCUCAUGUGUGGAAUUAUGGCUAUUUAGAGGGGUAAUGCAUUUGUAUUCUGUUGUCUACUUCUCCCCAGGUGGCAGUUCUAGACUCCCUCUCACCAAACCAGAAAGCUGAGCUGAUACUGGACCCAAGCACUGGCGCUCUGGAGAAUGAGACUCUUGUGAAGAAGGUUUUCAUCAGCUUGCUGGAAUCUCCAAGGGAAGAGCAGCUCAAUGAGUUCUUUGUGACUUUUGUUGAAGUCACCAAGCAGGUGAGUACAUCACUCUCUGGCUGGAAUGGACCUUGUACAGUGAGACCCGGCUCUCGACAAACUCAUCUGACGAAACAAUCAGGAUGAAAGGAUGUCCUUCUAAACCAUGAACCAUCUAUUUUCCAGGAAAACAUCACCAUCAUCACAAACACAGCCGUAAGAGACACAAUGCUAAACCUGACCUUGAUGGCUCUUGCUCCCAAAUUUGACGUCUUUGAGCCAAAAGACUUCCAGCUGUGGUUCCAAGUCAAUCUGGUUGUUCUGCUGGCCAGCUUCAAUCCUGGCAGAUUGGUUGUUAUCCCCCUAAACAUCACCUGUGAAUCCUACAAUGCCAUGUAAGAGACUACUUUACACCCAACAAACGUACAAGGCACUGUCUCGUAAAGUACAGAUUGAUGAAAGACUGCACUAAUGUCUCCCUUUCCUUUUCUCUCAGAUUCACGGGUCUCGACCAAAGUUUGCAAUCUCUUCCGCCUCACCUCUCACAGGGUGUGGAGUCAAGCUUGGAAGCACUGAUGAAGACAUUCCAACGUAUGUGAUAAGCUGCUCUUUUUCAACAAUAGACACUGUCUCAUCUGAGCCCAGCAUUUACAGAACAUUUUAAAAUCUCCAAACAGUCAUUCUGUUAUUUUGUUUUCUCAUAUGCUCCGAAAUCUUCCUGUUAAUUGAAUGACCUUAUUUAAAUUAUCUCCCUCAAAGGUUGCUCAAGGCCUCCAGCUUUAAUUGUGGUAAGUACUCUCUGAAUGGGAUCUUAUUUCAAUUAGACACUUUUUUUACAUGAUACAUGGAAAGGUCAUGCAUCUUGUAUAUGCAUUGUGGCAUUGUUCAGAAAGCCAAAGCAUCUCUUUUGUUUUCACAUUGAAUUUCACACGGAUAACAAUAUUCUUUCCCCCCCAUAUAGUGCAAAGAAACAUUGGUCAAUGGUAAGUUGACGUUAGCUGUGACAUAUUUAUUUUCUUUCAUCAGAUUGGCAAUUUAUGUUUUGUGUCUAAAGAACUCUUCUUUUUAUGUUCUCUUUUGCAGAGAAACAACUUUGUGCUGGAUUUAACAGGUGGGUUCAGUGCUGUCUUGCACAAUGCAGGUUGUAAGAGGUUGAGACACACAAAGUAUCAUUUGUAAACUAAUAAUGUAUUUUUCAUUACCGUUUCCUACAGCACACAACUGAAGCAACAGAUGUCCUUUGGCAAUUCCUCUGAAUCCCUUUGCAAUUUCAACGUCUCUGAAUAUGCCUGUUCCUCAGUAAGCUUUUUAAACUCAUCACUGAAUGUUGUCAGUAGCAACAGCCACAUUUCUCUCAUCCGCAUCGUCUUUGUUGAUGUUACUCAUGUUGAUGUCACAGUUGUCUAAUUUGGUUCACGUCCCUGCAUCCUUUUCUUUAAGACUACCCGUCUCUCAGCGGACAACUUGGUAACGAUUCUGAAAUGCCAAUUGGCGAGCAAAAAUACUUACUCAACGGAAAUGUGGAAGCUGUUCUUCCAAAACAAUGCUGCUGUUCUGGAUCAGGCUCUUCUGGAUUACUCCAGCAUGGUAUGUUGAAUCCCAGAAUUAGAACAAAAUGUUGCCAAUAUGUGUGGACUUUGUCACUGCAAAUCUGUUUAUACCUUUCCAGAACCCUAACAUCAGCAGUCCAGCCAUGCCAAAUGUCCUUGAUGCCAUCGGAGAGCUCAAAAUCAACAACUUCAGUAAUGCACAGCUAAACGACCCCAGUUUCGUGGACAAGUUGUUCCAGAAGAAUCUCCGUCCAUUCUUGGCAUCUCUAUCCAGGAAUUUCCUCUCCUGUCUCAGCUCAAAGAACUUCAGUUGUCAGACCUACCAAAUUGUGUAUGUAAAGCCAUGAUACCUAAUGCAAUAGUCAAUACAAUUGGUGAUAUCCCUACAAUUGAAUAAGAAGUCAACAUAACAUAGGCUCUGUUCUCUGUUUCAGCAUUAACGCUCUAAGCAGCCAAAAAGCUUCCAUGGACAGAGAGCAACAACGAUUGAUCUUCACUCAUUACAUCUAUCCAUUCCUUUCAAGAAAUGACUCAUCAGGUAAUAAAUGGUUCUGGAAAGCACAAAAACAUCCACACUUAUCUGGGCCAAUCCACUGAACUCAUCUGCUUAAGGGGAUUUAAAGUCCAUUUGUUUUACUCUACUUUUGUUUCAGAUCCCGGCUGUGUCUCAAACACCAGUGGAAGCAUGGACUGGCUCCAGAGGAACUUUGGCAUCUUUUCUGUUUUUGCAGAACUGCAAGAGUUACAAGUCCUCAAUCCCGACUUCUCCAGCGUAAGUGGCCUAAGUGUUUGUCUGGAUGGUUAACCUCCCAAUAAUAUUACUGUGCCACUCACUGACAUGCGCCACUUUUCUUUUUCAUUUUCCUAUUUGUAGAAGGAAUCACUGUCGCUGCUUACCCCAACCCAAGUGGCACAGUUGACAUUGACCUCUGGGGCAUUGAAUGACACAGCUGACAUUAAACUUGUGUUUAUGCGGCUGGAGGAAGGAGACGCUUUCAAAAAUGUUGAUGAGUUUCUGACGAUACUGACCGCAAAGGAAGAGGUAAUGCAAGUUUGAGAAAAACAAACAGCAUGAUUUCAUCUUGCCAAAUAGCAAUCCCCAUGUCUUCCAGUGUCUCCCUUUGUGGAUAGUGAAAGACAACAACUAAGCAACGAGCAAGCUAUCAAUCUUGUACUUUCAGUUAGUACCGGAAAAGCUGGAUUGAAUGCCAUGAUGAGUUGUGCAGUGUUGAUGACCUCUGGUCAUUUGUUUCAACAGAUUCCUGACAUCUAUCCAGCUGUGAGAGAUGUGAUGAUGAAUCUGACAUUUAACAUCAUCAGCCUUCAAUUCCCAAAGUUCGAAACGCUGGACUGGAUUGCAUGGUUCGAAGUAAAGCUGAUUCCCAUCCUCCCCAGUUUUAAUGAAGUCAUGCUCACCAUUGCUACCUCAAACGUUACCUGCACCAACUACCAAGUCAUGUGAGUAGGGGCCAACUUCUUGCAAAUAUUAGCCAUGGAUUCGAUGACUAAAAUCUAUUGCCAACGUGGGGUGGAAAUGUCAUGAGUGUAUCUUUUCCCAUUUACAGUGUAAAAGGAAUGGACAGAGCUUUCCCUGAAAUGACUGAGGGUAGAAGAGAAGGAAUCGCAGGAGUCCUGCUGAAAUACCUGAGGAUAUCUGUACACCUUAUCAAUGAACCAGGUAGGGCUCACCAAGCAGGUUGUGGUGCUCGUUGGCUUUCUGUUGGGUUGUUCAUCGCCUCUGCUGGAUGAAGUGGGCUUUGUUUGAAAGGAGUGAACAGUUGGCAUGUUGCUUCCUUGUCUAUUGAAUAUAACAUCAAUGUACUCCAUUUUGCAAUAAUCAAAGCGGCCAUACAUGUCUUUUAGUUUGCAGGUUGAACAUCCACGACGACACUGACUGGCUUGCAAUCAACCUGGGUCCAUUCUCCAAAUACACAACCUAUUCGGAUCUCAAAGACUUCAACAUCUCAGGGGUAAAACAAUUGUUUGCCAGUGUUCUUUGCAUGAUCAGAAUUGACUAGUUUGACACUGCUCAUGUGUGGAAUUAUGGCUAUUUAGAGGGGUAAUGCAUUUGUAUUCUGUUGUCUACUUCUCCCCAGGUGGCAGUUCUAGACUCCCUCUCACCAAACCAGAAAGCUGAGCUGAUACUGGACCCCACGAACCUGGCAAAUGGAACUCUUGUGCAAGAGGUUUUCCUAUUGGUUCUGGGGUCUUCAGAUGUGGCGGAGAUUGGUCCAUUUUUCCAAUCAUUUGUGGAGGUUGCUUCAAAGGUUUGUAUAUUGAUUCUUGGUAUUGAGAUGAUUGGUUUAUUUGAACACUUCUAAACAACAUUGUCAUCAUGGUAAACCAGGAGUGGUCCUAAGCUAUUGCCAUAUAUGCAGUAGAUUAUGAACUACUCAAAAUAGCUAAGGCAAGACUCCAGUCACUCGUUUUAGCUACUGUUGUUGUUUUUAUAGCAAUGCAUUUUCUCUGAUGCUGCUAAUCUACGAAGCACCUCCUUACAGAAUGUUUAUUAUUACUUUUUUUUACAGAGCAACCUGACAGCUAUUGAGCCAGGACUGCGAGACACCCUCUUAAACCUGACACUGACGGCACUCGCCCCCAAAUUGCAGACACUAGAUACUCAGGGAUUCAAGCUUUGGUUCCAGGUCUAUCUCCCGUUAUUCCUCCCAAGCAUUAAUCCUGGGACCUUUUCCGUUAUCCCAAGGAAUAUCAGCUGUGACUCCUAUAGCGCAAUGUGAGUUUCAGCUCUUAGUGUUUGCAAUGAUUAUUGAGGAUGUGAUAUGGCAUGUGAUUGCCAGAUACUGUAUAUUCUAAAUGUCUAUUCUACAUAAUGCACGGUAGUACAUUUAAUAGGUUGUCUUUUAAUAAAACAUAUUUUGUUUCACACAGCAUCAAGGGGUGUGAUAAUGUGGUCACUAGGCUGUCGCUGAUGCAGUCCCAGCAAGUCUUCAUGUUCACCAAGGAUUAUUUGACAGGCCAAUCCAUUGAAGGUAACAUAAUGAGUCCUCUAACUCAAAAUAUUAUGUUACUAUGUUGGCUGCACUAAAGUCUAUUUGAAACAGACAUGGCGGCAGCAGCAAGUCAAAUAGGCGGUAAAUGUUAUUAAACAUUUCCUGAUCUAUUGUACACUAUAUAUAAGGGAUUUCGCCGCCCAAAUGCUCUUUCUAAAUGCAAAUACGCCUCAUACGCAAUACAAGCAGUACAUUAUUUUUCAGUUACUAAAGAUACACUUACUGUACGCAGUUUAGGAAAGUUGCACCCGGCUGUAUUUUGAGAAACACAAGAAAUGUGGAAUGGAAUGGUCCAAUGGAAAUGCGAGCGCAAGGUGAGAGGAUGUGUCGUGGCCGAGUUGGCCUGUGAAAACAGUUGGGUGCAACUUUGCUAAACUGCGCACAGUAAGUGUAUAUUUUGUAUUUGAAAUAUUAUUUCUCACUUAUAUGAAAGUUAAGUUCCAAAGGUUUCCAAAACCAUAUCGCAAGUGAGGCGUAUUUGCGUUUAGACAGUGUCGCAGUUAAACAGAGCGCCAGCUGUGAUCAGUACCGUCAGCUGAAAACUCGGCUGUAAACUGGAUUAUUUCCCACUUGGGUUCUUGAGAGCUAAGAAUUAACUGACUUAGAAAUACAAAAUAACUCCAUGCUUUAUCAAAAUACAUUAUCGAAUAAAUGUAGAUGUACUCUAAAAGUUAUUGUUUUUACAGAAGCUAGGUAGAAUGGCUAGCUAACAUUUUUGAACACAUUUUCCUAAUUUUACAUUGGACAAAAAAUUAAUUAACGCUACACAGUAUUAAAACCUAGCGGAUUGCUACUGUACACGUGACGACAUUUCAUAUUAAUAUUGAAAAGUUGACAUAGCUGUGGUAGAGUUCACAUACCUAUAUAUAGUGUACAAUAGAUCAGGAAAAUCGGAGUGUAGCAGCUAGCUAGCUUACACAAUUAAUGGUAGCUACCGUUCUUGACUUUGGUUAGAACAGAGCUAAAACAAUAAAGACAUGUCAUAGAGCUGAUGCCAUAAAAGAGGCCCAACUUUAUAAUGGAAAGAUUUGUGGAAUGGAACAACAUCUGGGACCAGAUCUAAACCAGCAACUUAGAAAGUUGAGAGACUUCACGACCUUCAACAAAUAAACAUUCAGACAUGUACCUACGGUGCCUUCAGAAAGUAUUCACACUUACCAGACUUGAUACAUAUCAAACAAAUAGAAGAACAUGUUUCAGUUUAAUACAAUACGCAAAAAAAUUAGAUAUAUAUUUAUCAAUAAUGGCUGUUGAUGCUGAAAAGGCUUUUCUAUUCAAAACUUUGGAAGCUUUCAACAUUCCAGCUAACAUAAUACAUUAAUACAAAUAUUGUAUAAUGUUCUAAAGCAAAAAUAUACACAAAUAAUACAUUAUCUGAUGAAAUUGCUUUAGAAAGGGGCACAGGACAGGGAUGUCCCCUCUCCCCCCUCCUGUUUCCACUGUCAAUUGAACCGCUUGCAGAAAGAAUUAGACAGGACCCAAACGUAACAGGUAUCAGUACUGGUAAACAUGAAUAUAAACUAAACUUCUUAAAGAUGAUCUCCUGAUAUACCUGACCAAUAUUGAAAAAUCAAUGCCCCUUUUGCUAAAAAUAUUUUCAGAAUAAAAAACUAAUCUCAGGAUAUAAAAUUAACGUGAAAAAAAAUGAAAUAAUAGCAAUAGGAAAAAGAAAAAUAAUAACUCAUUAUCUACAGCAAUCUUUUAUGUGGACCACAACAAAUAUAAAAUACAUAGGAUGCUUAAUACGUGACAACAAACAACACAUAUAUAAAGAUAACUUUAUCCUAUUACUCAACAAUAUGAAAGCAGAUGUAAUUAAGUUGAAUAAUCUUCCCAUAAAUCUUGCAGGUAGAAUAAACCUCUUUAAAAUGGCAUGGCUGCCAAAGUUUUUGUAUUUUCGGUAAUACCAAUUACCCCACCGAAGGCAUUUUGAAAAAGUAUACUCGAUGCUAACAGACUUUAUAUGGGCAAAUAAAAAAAUUAUAGAAUAAAAAGGAAUGUUUUACAUCUUCCUACGUCUGAGGGUGGUUUUAACCUUCCAGACUUGGAAUUGUAUCAACUCGCCUCCCAGGACUUUUACUUCCGACAUAUCAUUAAAUGCACUAAAGAGGAACAAUGAGUACAUAUUAAAGAUGCGCAUGCUCAUCCCCAGAAUAUUUUUAUGUGUCUAUUUUCAAAGGAUAAAGCUAAGAACAUUACCGACUUCAUAGCUAAUAACACUAAAACAAUAUGGAAGAAAAUGAAACGUAUUCUACAAGAACCAAUAUCACUCCAUAAAAACACAACCCUAUGGAACAAUUCCUGGAUAGCUUUUCAGAAUUCACUGAUAAAUUGGUCUAUAUGGAAAACUAAAGGCAUAGAAACCAUGAAUGACUUGGAAACAGAAUUAAAAAUAAAUUUUGGAUUGAUCAAUGUAGAUAAUUUCAAAAUACAUGCUUAAAAGUUACAUAUCGCGAAAUUUCGAUUUGAAAUCUUUCAGACAUCAGAGCAACCUAGGGAGAAUCUUAUUUGAGUCCGAAAAUGAUGAUUGUAUGAUAGGGAAGGUAUACAAAACCUUGCAGAGAGCACCAUCCAACUUACAAUAUCUUAGAAAAAUAUAUAAACUGUUGGAACCAAGACUUAAAAUGAACUGAUGUUGUCACAAGAUGGAGGGAAAGUUGGAGCAGAACUAACUUAAUUAAAGUUAAAAAUGUACGCUUAAUCCAGUAUAAACUAAUGUAUAGAAUGUAGUAUACAAAAUUCGCAAAUUCUACAGCACAACGGCAGAGUCAUGUCUUAAGUGUAAAACUAAUAAUAACUGAAUAAUCCAUGCUUUCUGGGGAUGCUACAAAGUCCGGAAGUUGUGGGGGGAGCUAGAACGUUGGCUGUCAGAAGUAUUACAAUAUAAACUUACUUUUAGUCAGUCUGUCUGCAUAUUUCAAGACAUGGCAUAUGGGGGGUGUAGUGAAAUACCCAAUAGGCUGGACAAUUUUCUUCUCAUCACUCAUCUAAAAAAAUAAAAAAUAAAAAAAGGAAUACUAAAAAUGCAGAAAUCAAUCAAUCUGCCAUCAUUAACACAAUGGAAAAAUCUAAUGAUUUAUUAUUGAAAUAUUGAAAUAGCAUGGGCGACUGAGAAAAACGAAUUGAUGCAAUUUAAGGCCAAGUGGCAAACAAUAAUGCAGGCAGUAGUGAUGGAGGUGUGAACAUGCAGGUUUGGGCAGAUCAGAUGUAGUUAUUGUUUGUGUGCGUCUGUAAAUUGUUCAUAUGUAAAAGUAAAAAAUAAAAAAAAGGAUUCACACCCCUUGACUUUUUCCACGUUUUGAAAUGUUGUGUCACUGGCACAAUACCCCAUAAUGUCAAAGUGGAAUUAUGUUUUUAGAAGUGUUUACAAAUUAAUUAUAAAUGAAAAACUGAAAUGUCAAAUAAACCUUGAUGAAGCCCAAGUUCACCAUACAACAGAUAGCUCAAACUACCACAGUGACAUAGGCUAUUACUCAAAAUAGACACAAAAACAAUCACCAAAUGUAGACCUACAGUGCCUUCAGAAGGUAUUCACACCCCUUGACUUUUUUCACCUUUUCUUGUUACGGCCUGAAUUUAAAAUGGAUUACAUUGAGAUUUUGUGUCACUGGCCUACACACAAUACCCCAUAAUGUCAAAGUGGAAUUGUGUUUUUCUGAUUAAUUACAGAUUAUUUAAAAAUGAAAAGCUGAAAUGUCUUGAGUCAAUAAGUAUUCAACCUCUGUUGUGGCAAGCCUAAAUAAGUUCAGGAGUACAAAAUGUGCUUAACAAGUCACAUAAUAAGUUGCAUGGACUCACUCUGUGUGCAAUAAUAGUGUUUAGCAUGAUUUUUUGAAUGACUACCUCAUCUCUGUACCCCACACAUACGAUUAUCUGUAAGGUCCCUCAGUCAAGCAGUGAAUUUCAAACACAGAUUCAACCACAAAGACCAGGGAGGUUUUCCAAUGCCUCGCAAAGAAUGGGCACCUAUUGGUAGAAAAAAAAAGCAGACAUUGAAUAUCCCUUUGAACAUGGUGAAGUUAUUAAUUACACUUUGGAUGGUGUAUCAAUACACCCAGUCACUUCAAAGAUACAGGUGUCCUUCCUAACUCAGUUGCCGGAGAGGAAGGAAACCGCUCAGGGAUUUCACCAUGAGGCCAAUGGUGACUUUAAAACAGUUAGAGUUUAAUGGCUGUGAAAGGAGGAAACUGAGGAUGGAUCAACAACAUUGUAGUUACUCCACAAUACUAACCUAAAUGACAGAGUGAAAAGAAGGAAACCUGUACAGAAUAAAAAUAUUCCAAAACAUGCAUCCUGUUUGCAAUAAGGUACUGAAGUAAAACUGCAAAAAAAUAAGAAAUGAACUCUAUGUCCUAAAUACAAAGUGUUAUGUUUGGGGCAAGUCCAACUCAACACAUCACUCAGUACCACUCUUCAUAUUUUCAUGCAUGGUGGUGUCUGCAUCAUGUUAUGGGUAUGCUUGUCAGUUUCUUUUAGGAUAAAACGAAACGGCAAAAUCCUAGAGGAUAAUCUGGAUCAGUCUGCUUUCCAACAGACACUGGGACAUGAAUUCACCUUUCAGCAGGACAAUAACCUAAAACACAAGGUCAAAUAGAGUUGCUUACCAAGACGAUAUUGAAUGUUCCUCAGUGGCCUAGUUACAGUUUUGACUUAAAUCGACUUGAAAAUCUAUGGCAAGACUUGAAAAUGGCUGUCUAGCAAUGAUCAACAAUCAACUUGACAGAGCUUGAAGAAUUGUAAAAAAAAAAUAAUGUGAAAAUAUUGUACAAUCCAGGUAUGCAAAGCUCUUAGAGAUUUACCCAGAAAGACUCACAGCUGUAAUCACUGACAAAUGUGAUUAUACUGUAAAUACCUAUGUAAAUUAGAUAUUUCUGUAUUUGAUUUUCAAUAAAUCUGCAAAACUUUCUAAAAACAUGUUUUCACCUUGACAUUAUGGGGUAGUGCCUAGAUGGAUGAAAAUAUGCAAUUGAAUCCAUUUUGAAUUCAGGCUGUAACAACAAAAUGUGGAAUAAGUCAAGUGGUAUGAAUACUUUCUGAAGGCACUGUAGCUAGCUAGCAGUUUUGGAGACAGCGUCGCGUUUCUAGCAAAGAGAUUUGAGGUGGCUAAUGAACAGUAAAUAAGUAAAUUGUUACGCCCCACAGUUUGCCAAAUUUGUUUACAGUAAUUUAGCAACCACUACCUUAUUUAUACUUUACCAGCGAAUCGUAUUGUUGUCGCGUCACCUGUCUCCGAAAAUGACGAGUUCUGUUUACAUUUAGUAAUUGUGAAGUGCCUUCCAUAUUCACUUUGCAUGCAUAUAGCAGCGGCACGUUCAGCAGCGUUUUAGAACGUUAUGUGUAGAACAAACAUACAUCUCUGAUAUCACAUCCGCUCUAUUCAUGGCAUUUCUAUCUGCAACGUUAAACAAUGUUUGGCUACUGAACGUGGUCCAGAUGUUGCUCGUCUCUAUGGGCCAUAAUUUGUUGCUUCGCGACAUAACAUCUAUCGGAUUGAUAGAAUAACUAAAGCUAUGAAUGACGAAUAGAUCGAUUGUCAACAGAUUAAAAUAAUACAAGUUUGGAAACUGAGCUAGUGUUAAAUAAUUUUGGUCCCUCCCCCCAAGGAUUCUCCUGUGUGAAGACUGUGAGAGAUGACAGGGAUUGGCUUGGAAGCUACUUUGGACAAUUCCGGAUCUAUGCUUCAUAUGUGGACUUUGUGACCCUGAAGAGUGAUUUCAAUGGAGUAAGUCACAAGGCAUUAUGUCAGUGAAACAUCUUUUGUACUGCAGAGUCUGAAGCUUUUUUCCUCUUGCAGUCAUUUCUCUGGGGUCAGAUCAUUUCAAUUUAGGAACUGAAAUAGGGGUGUUAAAUUCUACAUGAAAUGAGCUAACUAUUAGCUGUUCCUUAAUUGAAGCGGUAAUAACCUAACAUCGGCUGUGAGGUGCUGAUGUACAAUGUCCGACAACUGUUUAAAAUUUUUUUUUUAUCUCCAGGUGAAUGUAGCAGAUCUCCUCACACCUAUCCAGCUGGCUCAGCUCGCAGUGAUUCCCUCCCAACUAAAAGGGGCACAGGGUGUCAACAAGAUCAUGGCAGCCAUCGGUCCGGCUAACUUUGGAUUGUUCUUUGACAUACUCUCACCUGCUAUUCAGGUACGUACAGUAUCUGUCUACUAACCUUUUCAGUUGCACAGCAUUGAUGUUUCCGAUUGGAAUUGUAGUUGUUCUACAAUACUAAAAAUAGUUCUGAGAUACAUUACUAACAAGUAAUGUCUGUUGUUUAAUGAAUUUUAGUUAGUAUUGCCAUAUGUAAUAUCCACAAUUCAGCAUGUUGCUGUCAAUUUUACAAUGUUCUGUUUGAAAACUGUCUAAAGCAAGCUGGGACACUUGGCUCAGUAUUUUUUGCAUAUGUGUUUUCAGUUGUGUUAUAACGUUGAAAAUAUUCUGUUAUAACGUUUGAAAAUUCCUCCAGAAACACAUGAACAACUACACAGAAGAGGUGAAGACAGCUUUCCUCCAGGUGGUGUUUGACAGUGGGGACCUGUCCUCCACUGCCAUCAAUGACACAGAAUUCCUCGUGUGGCUCAGGGUUCGGCUGAACCCCCUCUUGCUGAACCUCUCAUCCAAUCAAGUGACACCACUCUUCCGCAUCAUGAAGGAUAGGGGCUGCAACAGCAGCCAAGAAGCGUAAGGAGCGAUAACUAAGUGAAAUAGCAGUUUAUAUGUGUUCUGAUGUGCUGUAGCAGUUUUAUCUGUGUUCUGAUGUGCUGUAGCAGUUUAUAUGUGUUCUGAUGUGCUGUAGCAGUUUAUAUGUGUUCUGAUGUGCUGUAGCAGUUUAUCUGUGUUCUGGUGUGCUGUAGCAGUUUAUAUGUGUUCUGAUGUGCUGUAGCAGUUUAUAUGUGUUCUGAUGUGCUAUAUUCUCACAUGUGGAGAUAAAACAAGUUCAAGCUAAUAUAAAUCAACAAAUGUUUAUAGAAAAUGUAAAAUAGCUUUUUAGUGUGACAUUUACACAUAUCUCCCAUUGUUUUUCUUCUGGAAACUCAGAAUCUCAUUAUUAGACACUCUGCGGUCUACACUGACUGAAGACACACAGAGGGAAAUCUACAGCAAUGCCCUGCUCCUACUGAAAGGUACGCAUUUGGGUCUAAAACAGUGUUCUUCGAUCCUGGUUCUAGGGACCUACGGUACAGUAAUUCAGGUGUUUUUUUUAAUGCUGGUCCAUGUUAAUUAAAUACAUUUAUCUAAACUGGCCUUUCUAUUGUCUGACAGAGCCAACGCCACUGCGAUGCUAUGUAAACGGAAGCUUCUACUCGUUUUUGAGAAGCACGUUCCUUGGCUUUGGAUUCCCCGACCUGUCGAUGCUUUUCACGCUCAUGCCAGACACACGCCAACCUGAGGUAAUGGCAGAGGACAUCUUCUUCUUAGUCAUCUUCUUCUUCAAUAGUAUAACAUUGCAAUUAGAACAACUUGGGCCUACUUCAAGUGGCUGUCCCCUGCUUUAAUGAUCAACCUGAUCAGUAAUCAGUCAUUCUCCUGGCGUCGCAGCUCCUGAAUUCCAUAACCUGCUCUGAGCUGAGUCAGUUCCUCAGUCAACCUGACGUGGUUGGCAACGGUUCCAACAUAUGUGCUGUCUUCAAAGACUACGCCAAGACGCCUGUCUUCCUGGAAACAGUAUGCAGCUCUUCUACUUCCUAAAUUGUAUUCUUAUUUUUUGAACGUACUUGGUUUUGUUGAGGAUUUGACACAUUUUGUCUUUUGUGUUGUGGUCAACCCAAUUUGAAUUGAAAAUAAAAGUGUAUAUUGGGCAUUUUCACCCCAACCCAUCCUGUUUCUCUCUUCAGGAGGAUGUCCCUGAUGCUGUGAAGCAGCUGACGCUUCCCUGCAUCUGGCCUUUAGCUCUGAACAGCGGCAGUAGGUCAGAGGUGAACGCCUGGUUUGACCUCAGACUGAAAAACUACUUGAGGUUCCUCACCAGGAGCCUCAUCAGUUCAUCUACAGUGCAAAACGGCCAGCUGUCUCGCUUUCCAGAAACUGUAAGGGGCUUCUUUUUUUGUCAUUUUUUUUAAAUGACCGAAAGUAUCAUGAAUCCUUUUCUUUGCACGUUAGAUUAUAUAAAACCUCAAACACUGACACCAUGCAUUUGUUCUGAUCACAUCGUCUGUGUUGUUUUGCUUCAGAGUCUCAGUCCUUGGAAGCGAUUUCAGCUACAACAGCUCUGAUUUUGCACAGAGUGAUGUGUACACCACCAUUAAGACUUACCUUGGCACAGGUAAGACUUCGUGUCACUGAAAGGUUUGACACUGGAUAAACACUACUAAGCACACAACCAUAUUCCCGUGUGUAUAUGAUUAUCUCAUGUAAAUCCCUCCUCAUCUGAGAUGAUUAUCCUGUCAUAGAAAUGUGUUUACCCAUUUCAGGUUAAUGACUAACAUUUGUUGUGGGAUGAUGACAGUAUGUUGAUGGUAUCGCGUAGCAUGAUAGUAUGCAAGUGCCAAUGACGUCAGCGUGUUCUUCUGUCUCUGUAAGGUUCUGGAUCAAAGUGCUACAAUGCCAACGACCCAGAGCUGAACUCCACCGCCUGGUUUGUGAACUACAUCGGUGCUUUUGUGACUUACCUCUCCCUGGAGGACCUCAACACCUUUGUCACCACCAGUCAGGUAUGUCCCUGAUUUAGGCUGGCUGUCAUGAGGACUAGGGGCUAGAUGUAAUCUGAGGGGGGAAUUACAACAAUACACAUUUUAAUGAAAACAGGAUAACCAUCCACUAGAAAUCUGAUAAGAAAUUGCAUGAAUAACUAUGUUAUUUUGUGUUUGAAGAUCAAUGUCUUCUUGGAGAACCAGGCCAACAUCAAGCUCUUCAACAACACAGCUAUACCUGCCAACGUCACUGCAUACUACAUCACACAGCUAUACACACUGAACCCCACGUUCAACCCUCUGCUGUGAGUAUCCAUCUAUAAUAGUAGUGGUAGUAGUGGUAGUAGUAGUGGUAGUAGUAGUGGUGGUAGUAGUGGUAGUGGUAGUAGUAGUAGUGGUAGUAGUGGUGGUAGUAGUAGUAGUGGUGGUAGUAGUAGUAGUAGUAGUAGUAGUAGUAGUAGUGGUAUUAGUGGUAGUGGUAGUAGUGGUGGUAGUAGUAGUAGAAGUAGUAGUAGUGGUAGUAGUGGUGGUAGUGGUAGUAGUAGUAGUAGUAGUAGUAGUAGUAGUAGUAGUAGUAGUAGUAGUAGUAGUAGUAGUAGUAAUAGUAGUAGUAAUAGUAGUGGUAGUAGUAGUGGUAGUGGUAGUAGUAGUAGUAGUAGUAGUAGUAGUAGUAGUAGUAGUAGUAGUAGUAGUAGUAGUAGUAGUAGUAGUGCUAUGAUGGGCAUGGUAAGGAUGUUAGUAGAACUGUAUAAGUAAGUAGGGAUUGUAGUAAUAUAUGUAGUGUAGUGGCAUCUAUUGUAAUAGUAGCAUCUCUGUAGUAAUAGCAUUAUGACGAUAACGGUUAGAACCCAACUGAAAUGACACUGUAACAAUGGUUGGUCUGGAUAUUUUGUUUUCCUUCAGACUUCCUGGCUUCUUCCUCUGUGAGGUCCCAAGUACGGCCUAUAACUCCCUGAGCCAGACAGCCAGUAGGGACAUCCUGGACCGUCUGAAGCUAUUCUGCAAUGGAACUGAGGACCCUCAGGUACACGAUUAGAAACGGAACAAGGAGAGCAGACAUAGUUCUGAGUUUCACAUGAUAUGCUUAUGUCAUAAGCAGAAAUUCAUCAACCCUAUUUAGUAGUUGACUCAGUGUGACAACCAGGUCACCAUGGAUGUUGAUUCAAAUAGGGAUGCCAUGGGUAAUAAUGGCUUAAAUAAAUCGCAAGCUUUGUGUUUGCAUUCCGGCAGGUAUCUGCUGCACUGGUGGCUAAUUUCCAAACUAUCACGGCGAGCACCAUAGCAACCAUGGGGAACAGCAGCACUGGCUUGACGACCACCCAGAUCUCCUCGGUCUCUUCCUCAGUACUUGUGUCGUCCCUGGCAACACUCGGCUCUGUGAGCGGCUGGAACCUGGGCCAGGCCAGUACAGUCAUCCAGACCAUCACUACCGGAGGCUUCCAGGUGAGGGCGCCAUCUUCUCUAGAAUCAGAGAAUCAUAAUUGCUUCUAUAAUCCUUUUGAGUACAUUCAUUUCUGGCAUAACAGCCUGCUGUAUUGUUGGGAUCAAAGUCUGUUUGAUAAGAUAAAAGAUAAAUAAAAAAUGAACAAAUAAACAUGGAUAAUCACACUCGAAUGAGCCUGAUCUGAGUAAUACUAUUUGAUUGACAGAUCAACACCGCCGCCUCCCUGAUCUCAUUGGGCACGCUCAUUGUGGGCGUUCCAUCAGCGACGAUAACGAGCAUCCCAGCCACUGAGCUGUUGACAGCAUCCCAGAGCUCUGUGUUUGUCACCAACAUGCUGGCUGGCCCACAGAUUCUACAGGAAACCUACAUCAGCAAGGUACCAGGUGUAUCCAACAGUGUUUUAUUGGCUACACUUAGUUUUUCUUUUGUUUUUUUUUAACAGUUUGUGGGUCACACUGAAAUAUGAAAAAGUAUGCACAUUGUCAAAAUACUAUAUUUGCCCUGAAUUCUACAACACGAUGAAGAGCCAUGUUGUUUGUUCUAACAAAAUGGUUGUCUUUCCUUUUGUCAUUCCUUAUUAGAUAAUCACCAUCAACCAAAGCCCCAAUGCGUUGGUUGUGAAUGUACCUGAUGCCAUGGCCACACUGAUCCCCAGGGUUCUCCUGACCUUCUCUGAGGAGACUGUGAACGUACAGGCGAUCAACAGAAAGACAUGGACGCAGGAGCAGGUUGGUGUCUUGACAUCAUCUAUGAACAGGCCUUCCCUAUGAGCACAAGACUUUGAAAAGACGUUGAAAAGACGUAGAAAACAACGUAUUUUCAUUUUUCUUCUGCUCACUGGGUUUAUUCAUUCCUAGCAGGUUUCACAUGAACAAUUUAUGCAUUUGGCUUGUAUAGAUAGAUAUAACUGUCAUUACCAAGACUCUUACCUUGUCUUUGUGUUGUAGGCUGUUAUAUUCUUCGGCACCAUAGCGAGCAAUGCAAGCAUCGACUCAGAGGAGUAAGUUAUAAAUGAGUUAACAUGACAAACCCAGAUCAACUGUCCUGUUGUGUCUUUCUGUCUCUUUACUUCCUCAUGCUCUCUAUCUUCUCCUCUUACAAACAGUCUCUUCUCCUCUUACAAACAGUCUCUCUCCUCUUACAAACAGUCUCUCUCCUCUUACAAACAGUCUCUUCUCCUCUUACAAACAGUCUCUUCUCCUCUUACAAACAGUCUCUUCUCCUCUUACAAACAUCUCUCUUCUUCUCCUCUUUACAAACAGUCCCUCUCUCUCCUCUUACAAACAGUCUCUUCUCCUCUUACAAAACAGUCUCUUCUCCCUCUUACAAACAGUCCUUCUCCGCUUACAACCAGUCCUCUUCUCCUCUUACAACAGUCUCCUUCUCCUCUUACAAACAAGUCCUCUUCUCCGCUUACCAACAGUCUCUUCUCCCUUACAACAGUCUCCUUGCUCCUCUUACAAACAUCUCUUUCUCCUCUGACAAACAGUCUCUUCUCCUCUGACAAACAGUCCUCUUCUCCUCUUAACAAACAGUCUCUUCUCCUCUUACAAACAUUCUCUUCCCUCUUAAAAACAGUUCCCUUCUUCCCUCUUAAAACAGUCUCUUCUCCUCUACAAACAGUCUCCUUCUCCUCUUACAACAGUCUCUUCUCCUCUUACCACAGUCUCUUCUCCCUUACAACCAGUCUCUUCUCCUCUUACAAACAGUCUCUUCUCCUCUUACAAACAGUCUCUUCUCCUCUUACAAACAGUCUCUUCUCCUCUUACAAACAGUCUCUUCUCCUCUUACAAACAGUCUCUUCUCCUCUUACAAACAGUCUCUUCUCCUCUUACAAACAGUCUCUUCUCCUCUUACAAACAGUCUCUUCUCCUCUUACAAACAGUCUCUUCUCCUCUUACAAACAGUCUCUUCUCCUUACAAACAGUCCUUCUCCUCUUACAAACAGUCUCUUCUCCUCUUACAAACAGUCUCUUCUCCUCUUACAAACAGUCUCUUCUCCUCUUACAAACAGUCUCUUCUCCUCUUACAAACAGUCUCUUCUCCUCUUACAGUCUCUUCUCCUCUUACAAACAGUCUCUUCUCCUCUUACAAACAGUCUCUCUCCUCUUACAAACAGUCUCUUCUCCUCUUACAAACAGUCUCUUCCUUUAAAAUCUUCUCCUCUUACAAACAGUCUCUCUCCUCUUACAAACAGUCUCUCUCCUCUUACAAACAGUCUCUUCUCCUCUUACAAACAGUCUCUCUCCUCUUACAAACAGUCUCUUCUCCUCUUACAAACAGUCUCUUCUCCUCUUACAAACAGUCUCUCCUCUCAACGUCUUCCUUACAAACAGUCUCUUCUCCUCUUACAAACAGUCUCUUCUCCUCUUACAAACAGGCUCUUCUCCUCUUACAAACAGUCUCUUCCUCUUACAAACAGUCUCUUCUCCUCUUACAAACAGUCUCUUCUCCUCUUACAAACAGGCUCUCUCCGUCCGUGUUGCAAGGGUUCACGUGUACAUCAGUGCAGUCCUUGACCAUCAAAACGGUGCGCAGGCUGGUUCAUGCCUGCAGACCGAAGAUCCUUAGAGAGAAAGUGGUGCUGAAAGAAACACAGGUCCGUGAGACAUGAAGAUGUCAGAGUUAUGAUGAUGAUGAUGAUAGCUAAUACAUCUCACACAUGAUUGCCUCUUAUCAUUUUCCCACAGUUGACCUGCAUGUACAAUUUACUGAAAGGCAACCUCUCCCAGAAUUUUACAGACUAUCCCUCAGACAUGCUACUAUAUUACAAGUAAGUCUAAUCGUGUUAAUUAUCUAAUCCUGUUCAUUAUUUAAUCCUGUUUAUUAUCUAAUCCUGUUAUUUAUCUAACCUGUCAUCUAAUACUGUUAAUGAUCUAAUCCUGUUAAUUAUUUAAUACUGUUAAUUAUCUAAUACUGUUAAUUAUUUGAUUCUGCUAAUUAUUUGAUCCUGUUUAUUAUCUAAUUCUGUUAAUUAUCUAAUCCUGUCAAUAAUCUAUCCUGUUAAAGCUGCAAUAUGUAACUUUUUGGGCAACCCAACCAAAUUCACAUAGAAUUAUCUGUUAAAGAUCUGUCAUUCUCAUUGAACGCAGGUCUAAGAAGCUGUAGAUGUGUUCUAUGUGUGCUAUUUCUAUGCUCCCGUUCUUAAAUUUCGUUUUUUGCAUCUUUUACUUUCAGUUUUGUACAAAUACAAUAUUUUAGGUUAUUGAAAAUACAUUUCACAGCGGUUUAGAUGGAACAAAAAUUAUCUACACUACAUUUACAUUUGAGUCAUUUAGCAGACGUUCUUAUCCAGAGCAAUUUACAGUAGUUAGUGCAUACAUUUUCAUACUGGUCCCCCGUGGGAAUCAAACCCACAACCCUGGCGUUGCAAGUGCCAUGCUCUACCAAGUGAGCCACAUGGGACAACACUUGCUUUGUUACGUCACAUAAACUGAAAUUAGGCGAACUAUUCUCAUUUUAGCAACCAGGAAAUGGUGGAGCGAUUUCUGCUUAGUGCAUCUUUAAUUAUCUAAUCCUGUUCAUGAUCUAAUCCUGUUCAUGAUCUAAUCCUGUUCAUGAUCUAAUCCUGUUCAUGAUCUAAUCCUGAUCAUGAUCUUAUCCUGUUCAUGAUUUUAACAUUCAAAUACUAUACAAUAAUCCAGACAAUAUUCUAAAGAAAGUAUUUCCUGGUAGUUCAGAAAGUAAUUUAGUUCAGAAAAAAUGCUUCAUAUGAGUGAUGUGUGGAUCAAUGUGUUUAGGGAAUGUUUCCUUAGCUCAUUUGUAUUAAUCCGUAUUAAUUGUUUAUUUCAUUCCAGCUAUGCAAAGGUUGAAAAAAGCAAUUGCGGGUCCUACUUCAGCGCGGCAGGUUCUGCAGACUUCUCUGUCCUCUCCAGCGUGCUGAACAAGGAUACAAUGCUACUGGACAACGCAAAAAGCUGCUUGGUGUGUGACUGCAGAGUUGUGUCCUUCAUCUAUAGAUACACUAUAUAUAUAAAAGUAUGUGGACACCCCUUCAAAUUAGUGGAUUCGGCUAUUUCAGCCACACCUGUUGCUGACAGGUGUAUACAAUCGAGCACACAGCCAUGCAAUCUCCAUAGACAAACACUGGCAGUAGAAUGGCCAAACACUCAGUGACUUUCAACGUGGCAUCCUAUCAUAGGAUGCCACCUUUCCAACAAGUCAGUUUGUCAAAUUUCAGCCCUGCUAGCGUUGCCCUGGUCAACUGUAGGUGCUGUUAUUGUGAAGUGGAAACAUCUAGGAGCAACAAUGGCUCAGCCGCGAAGUGCUGAAGUGCGUAGCACAUAAACAUCGUCUGUCCUUGGUUGCAACACUCACUACAGAGUUCCAAAUUGCCUCUGGAAGCAACGUCAGCACAAUAACUGUUCGUCUGGAGCUUCAUGAAAUGGGUUUCCAUGGCCGAGCAGCCACACACAAGCCUUAGAUCACCAUGCGCAAUGCUGAGUGUUGGCUGGAGUGGUGUAAAGCUCGCCGCCAUUGGACUCUGGAGCAGUGGAAAUGUAUUGUCUGGAGUGAUGAAUCACACUUCCCCAUCUGGCAGUCCGACGGACAAAUCUGGGUUUGGCGGAUGCCAGGAGAACGCUACCUGCCUGAAUGCAUAGUGCCAACUGUAAAGUUUGGUGGAGGAGGAAUAAUAGUAUGGGGCUGUUUUUCAUGGUUCGGGCUAGGCCCCUUAGUUCCAGUGAAGGGAAAUCUUAACGCCACAAUGACAUUCUAGAUGAUUCUGUGCUUCCAACUUUGUGGCAACAGUUUGGGGAAGGCCCUUUCCUGUUCCAGCAUGACAAUGCCCCCAUGCACAAAACGAGGUCCAUACAGAAAUGGUUUGUUGAGAUCGGUGUGGAAGAACUUGAAUUGGAACGCUGACUUCGAGCCAGGCCUAAUCACCCAACAUCAGUGCCCAACCUCACUAAUGCUCUUGUGGCUGAAUGGAAGCAAGUCCCCGCAGCAAUGUUCCAACAUCUAGUGGAAAGCCUUCCCAGAAGAGUGGAGGCUGUUAUAGCAGCAAAGGGGGACCAACUCCAUAUUAAUGCCCAUAAUUUUGGAAUUAGAUGUUCGAUGAGCAGGUGUCCACAUACCUUUGGUCAUGUAGUGUAUCUCCUGUGACCUUUUUAAGACGUGCAGUGGCGUAGGAAAUGACUCUUAACAGCACAUACCCAGAACCCUCAGCUAAGUUAGAUAACAGUCCACAGCUUUAAUAAAACAAUUAUAUGGAAUGUUGGAAUGCAGCAACCAGUAAACAGGUUUCCUCAUUAGGGUCUUAGUGUUUCUACAUACAUGUGCAGUACCAUAGUAGCAUGAGUCAGAAAUGUCUGGUUCUCUAAAAACCAACAACAACACUAUCAUACAAACCAAGACCAGCACUAUCACCCCUUCAGUUCACUUUUUUUUCAAUGGAAAAGUUGUGGUUCCCCUAGCCAAAGCCAUAGCCAAUUACAAUUACAGAAUGUUGGAAGAGUUGGGAGGUCAACAACGUUUUAUAGAAACAUAUGAUUCAAACGAAUCCCCUCUAAUUAAUACAUCACUUUGUGUAAUUUCUAGGGAAUUAGUGGAGUGAGUCUUAGUAAAAACAAUGUGGAGGUGCUGGGAAACAUGGUGUGUACUAUGGAUGGCUCCUACAUCCAAAACUCUGACCCCUUCAUUCUGGAGAAACUGAAGAACUGCAAGGACUUCACCGACGCUCAAGUCACUGCCAUGGAAAAGCUCCUUCUUUCAGGGACGACACAGUAUGGGUAUGUGAAUGAGAACUUUUGUGAGCAAAGUUUAUUUUUAUUUUUAUUAAAUCACAGAAGUUGUACAUGGAAUAACAAUACAAUUUACAAUAUGAACUCUGUUUUCAGAAACACUGCUACAUGGAAUCAACAAACAUUGGAAGACCUUGGAACCCUGCCACUGUAUCUGACCCAAAACUUCUGGAGCCUGUUCACAAGAGUACGUUUACGCUUGUAAUUUUUUGUGUUUACGCCUUCAUGUUAUUUUUGUAAAAGGGUGCAAAUGAUUGAUCUAAAAAUGUUUGUUUUGGUAUUCACAGGAGGUGAAAGGGAAGUUCCUCAAGUCCUUUAUGCCCCAGCUGAGGAAGCAGGAAACACAGAAGAGGAAGCUGAAGACACUGUUCAAGGAGAUCAACUCACUCAGAAGAUCCAAGCGAGGAGCAGGUAAACCCACUAUGCGCUAAUCAUCUUGGAGAAAAAGCUUAGAGAAUUAAACAUUUGCUAUGAGACUUUCAUGAGUAGCAUAUUUGCAUACUGUCUGGUGUUUAUGUGUGUGAACGUGUGUGUGCAUGUAACUUCUCUUUCUCACCUUUGGUUGCAUUUCAAAAGGAUGCACCACUGGCAACAUCACCCAGUCGGUCAUCGCAGACACCUCGUUCCCCUUCGGCUAUGACGUGACCCAGUUUGACCUCUGCCUGGACACCAGCAUUUUGAAAGACAAUCUGGCCACUGUCACUGAAAGAGUGGAUGAUAACGACUUCCAGAAGAUUAUUUUAGUCAAACUAAACCAGGUAAUGAUGAUGUCAAUAUGGCCGUCUGACAUUCGUUUUCUUUGACUCCCAGAAUAGAAUGGAAUGGAAACGAUGAUUAUAUUCAAUACACGGUAGUGGCCGUGUAUAGAUAUGAAAAGGGAUAGGUAGCAGAAUGUCUUUACUCUAGGAAGGCAGAGGACAAUAACCAUAAUAAAUGCAUAAUUGUGUUCCACAGGCUUAUCCAUCGGGCAUUGUUGACGAGCAGCUUAAGGUGCUGCACUCUGUGUCUCGUGUGGCCACUCUUGAUGACAUCACAAAGUGGACUGUCACCAAAAUCGACACACUGUCAGCACUGAUGGCCUCUGGUGAUGGUUCAUGGGAAACAGCAAAGGUAUAUUAAGGAAAGAGACGUUUGUACUUUGUACUUUUUUUUGUAUGUAGCUUUUCUCUAAUACAGGUCUCUCUCUGUUGAUGUAUUCAGAGUAAGGCAAUCAUCACAACAUACUUGAACACGUCAGGUAACUCCUUGGGGAGCUCUGAGUUAAAUGCCAUUGGCUCUAAUCUGUGUUCUCUGGACGUGAGCGUACUGAAGACCAUCACGUCAAGCAGCCUGAAGUGAGUAUAUCUGACCUGCUCAGCAAAAAACGGCUAAUGAAUUAUUUCGCAGUUCUGUUUACCAACUCAUGGAUAACAAUGAGACAAUAUGUCAGCUAAACUUUAGUCCUUGAUAACAAUGAGACAAUAUGUCAGCUAAACUUUAGUCCUGGAUAACAAUGAGACAAUAUGUCAGCUAAACUGUAGUCCUGGAUAACAAUGAGACAAUAUGUCAGCUAAGCUGUAGUCCUGGAUAACAAUAACAGUUUUUGGUGUUUCUCAUUUAUCUUCUAAGAAAUGCCAAUUCCCUGGAUGUGACCUCUUGCUCCAUUGAGCAGAAGAGGGCUGUAUACAACAUCAGCAAGAGUUCCUUUAGCUCACAGCGUACUGCUAAUACAACAUAUUACCAACUCAUCAGCCCCUACCUAGGUAAACACACACACCAGACCUAAGUAUUUGCUUUCUUUCACUUACUUUUGGUGCGUUUGAUUUAGCUUGCCUGGUGGGCCAGGUUUGUAAUUUGUAUGACAAUUUGAGGUUCUCUAUUCAGUUCUUGCUGAAAGUGUGCGUUCCCUUUUUGCCAGGUGGUGCUCCCAUUGAAGACGUAAGGAGCCUUGCAGCUCAGAACGUGAACAUGGACAUAACCACCUUCACAGGUCUUGAGAUCGCUGUAGUUACUGUAAGUAUGGGGGGCGUUGGAAUAACCCUGGACCUGCUCUACCUGCUGCUACAAUGUAAAUACAGGAAACCUGUUUCAUCUGUUCUUUAUUUAUUUAUUUAACUCAGAGUCUGACCGUGAGCGAGGUGAAAGGACUUCUGGGUACUAACGUGGACGAUCUGAAGACGUUUGAGAACGACACGGUUGUUCAGGCGUGGGUAGCCAAGCAGCUGCAAUCUGAUCUGGACACUCUGGGGCUCGGCCUGACUGGAGGUAAAGCAGCUUCCACUGUGGUGGUGCCAGCCGUGGUGGACCCACUCAACACCACCACCACAACCACAACGCCAGCACACACCACUGUCACAGUCCUGCCACUACCAGCCACCACAACUCUGGGUAAGGAAACAUGGACUGCCCACACUUUACAUUACAUUUUAGUCAUUUAGCAGACGCUCUUAUCCAGAGCGACUUACAGGAGCAAUUAGGGUUAAGUGCCUUGCUCAAGGGCACAUCGACAGAUUUUUCACCUAGUCGGCCAGGGGAUUAGAACCAACGACCUUUCGGUUACUGGCACAACGCUCUUAACCACUAAGCUACCUGCCUUCCUACAUAUUACAUAUAGGCAUUAUUCCUGAUGAACCCUUAAAAGGCAAUCAGCAGUUGCUAUAUCCAUCUUUGGACUCCUAAAUUAAUGCUAUACACCCAUUGAUUCUAGAAUAAUAUAACUUAUAAAUGUCUCAUGAGCCUAGUUCAACUGUCGUCCCCCGUCAGAACCCCAAAUAAUAAUAUUUUUUUUACUCCAUUGUUUGUAAACGAUGUAAUUGUAAACAAGCACUAUAUAGCCACAUAACGUGGUUAAAACUAUAAUUUUGAGAUCACGGAUGGUCAGUCCUUGUAACCAUAGCUCUGUCUAAGAAUUUGAGAGUGGUUGCAUUUCUCCAGGCCCAUCCCCCAGAUUUUUCCCACAACAGUGGUGGGGUGUCUCAUUUGUUAUUGUUUCAACUAAGGAUUCCCCCUUUAAAGAGGACUUAUAGAAUGAUCUUCUAACAAGUCGACUAUAAGUUCUUAGCACUGCUAAUACUUUUCUGUAAGAACAAAAUAAAAAAAAGUGAGAGGUAAAGUGGAAACACUGCCUAACGUUAACUGAAUAUGUAUUAACGUGUUACAGGGUAAUUACAUAGGAUAAUUACAUAGGAUUCCACUGCUGGGUACUCUAUGUUAAAGUGUCUCAAAAUGAUUUCCCAAUCACAGAUGGUGUAGCUGAUGGAGGAGUACAUCCUGAGAAAGACCUGGUAGCCCUCUCUCUGUGUCUGGCACUGGUCACCAUCAUCCUACAGAUGAUGUGA